CUCACCAACACAAUCCUGUUGGAUGGACGAUGUUCAUUCGAAGAAACUGAUCCUUGCCUUCGCGCGCCGGUUUUUUUUUCUGUGUCUUUGUUUUGAUCGGUAGUUUAUCGAAUAUAUGUAGGGAAUCUUGCUUUUAGUUCGUGGAUUUCAAGAAAUCUCUCUCGAAUUAUUAUCGAUAUUUUUAUUAAGUCAUAGCAGAAGUGUCUAUCGAAACAAUGGAGAAAGAAGCCACAUCUUCCAAGCAUGAGAAAAAUAAAUCCGAUCUCAUGUGGGAAACAUUGAUUACAACGUUGACUGACAUCGUUCGAAAUCAAGGUUCAAACUUGGAGAAAAUUCUCAACAUGAUCAAACAGGAUCUUACCUAUGAUGAUCCGGGACUGUUUCCAUCCACCCUACUCGCCCUUCAAGAGGAGCGGGAUCCAGUAAAAGCAAGCAAUUUUUGGCUUCUAAAUCAAUUGCUACAAAUUGCAUCGAUGGAAAGUUAUUUCGGGAUUCGAAAAAGUAAUACAGAAUUACAGCAAGCAAUUCUAUCGGCAAGUUUCGUCAAACAAACGUGGUUUUUCUAUGAAUCAGCAAACAAAUAUUUGGAUUUGAUGGAGCGGCUAAACGCUUUCACACCUGGAACGGAAGUGCAGCUGAAUGCAUUCCACAUGCCGGCACAUUACUUCGGACACCUAGAGUGUCCGUGCUCUUUCGCAGCGAUCGGGGUGAAAGACAAUAUAACAAAGAGAACUCUAACGGAAAACUGCCUUCACGUGUUGGGCCAGGCUAUCAGUCUGGUCGAUGAAAAAGCGAAUGCGGGGCUACGGAAGCGAUGUUCCCGAUUGAUUCUCGUUACUUUAAACCAAGGUUCGCUAGAUGAGAAAACGUUGAGUCUUAUGUUUUUCGCCAAAUUCCUUAAGCUAGCCACAGAACUUUCCCCGAAUUUGGAGCAUUUGGUGGUGGAAAUACUAACAAUCGUUAAAAGCUCCUUGGAACGGUUCGAUCGGUGGCUUAGCAGUGGACUCACACGACUGAAAUCUCUCGAGCAGUUCAAAACUGUUUUAACGGAUUUUUACAUUAAGCUGAACGGAGUGCCCUUCGCCAAUUAUUUCACCGAAUACCGACAAAAAUUAUUGCAGCUAUCGAUCGGUAUAAUCAAAACGUUAUUAUCAAUGAACAAAGACGGAGAGGAACUUAAGCUUAAACUUAUAGAGCAGAUAAAAAAGUUUCUGAGAGUGCUUUUCAACCGAGAUGGUUCCGAGGCCAUCAAAAGUGGAUACGAAGAUAUUUUUUCCUUGGGGCAUCAGUUUCCAGAAUUGCUGGAACUUCUAGAAGUGCCAAUUACAAAUGAAAUUAUAGCGAAUAGCGAUUUGCACGAUGCAGAUAUCUUCGAAGAUAGUAAUGCCUGGAAAAGUGUGAUGGGUAUUUUGAAGGACAGUAAGGAUAAACUGAAACCUGUACAAGAUGUUGACAUUAGACAGAGGAUCAUACAUCUAGCGGUAAAUGUUGGUCACAAUUACUCCUUAUGGAAACAGAAAAAUGAUGCAAGAGAAAAGACACUGCAGACUUUUGAUAACAAUAUACAACAAUUCGUGCAGGAGAUGUUUGAAAAAAUCUUGGUUAUUAACCUGUACAGCGAAGUAUAUUUGACUGUUUUGGAAAUUUGUGCUUAUUUGGUCAAUUUAGAAGAUUUUCGGCUAUUGGAUGAUAAUUUCCAAAAGAAGGUUUGUUCGUGGUUCUUUAUACCGUUUGUAGGAAGAGCUGAUAUUACGCUUAUAUCUGAGCAUUUAUUGAAAAUUGAUGUCGCUAAUUCACAAUCCGAGGCAAAUCUGAGAACAUUACAAAUGCGCUCGAUGGAUCAGCUUUGCGCACUCAGCUGCGACUACAUCUCCGACUCAGUAUCGAUCGCAUUGAAAUCGAAUCUAUGGACAGUCCUCGGUUAUAUCAUGGACUCUGACCAAGUUGAGAGAAAGAAAACUAUACUCAAUUUCUACCAGAAUCUUUUGCUUUCGUUGAAAUUCCAUCCGGAGCGACUAGCGAAAAGAAUCCUGCUACCGAGCCUCCCAGUACCAGAACUACAACUCGCUGCGGCCAGAAAUCUCAAUGCGCACAUUUGUUUGAAAUCAUGCAAUUUCCAGCUGUUCCAGGUGAAGGGUGAAACCACUCCUUUGAAACGUAAAUUUCGCUGUUUUGUGUGCAGACCCAGCGCAGACGAGAAUGACAUUAUCACCACCCAAAUUUCUUCCUCGCAAUUCCGUCAGCGUUUCGCACCCAGUCAAGGUGUGCUUGUUGUCACACGCAACUCGGAGGAAUUUGCUCAGUUUGAGAUCUCCGUCGAUGAACUUGAACAAAUAUAUCGAUCACAACACGGCGAGACGCGAACAACAGCUGUGAGUUUACUCACGGUUUUACUGAAGCACACCGAAAUGGUUCUCGAUGAGAAAAUGGUUCCAGCAUGGAGCGAUCUAAUCCCCGGUGGUUCGAUUGAAGUGUGUACAACAUUCGCGAAGACUUUCAGCGUCUUGAUGGAGUAUGUUGAGGACUCAUCUCUUACUUCCCAGGAGAAAGACAAAAUAACCCAAACCUGCCUGGACAAGCUGCUGCAGGCAGUUCGACUGUGUUUAAAAAAGUCCGACUACAACUACCAGUCGGCCGUUAUGAAUAUGGUGCUACAUUUUGCCGUUUGUAAGGGCGUAAACGAGGAACGGCUCAUGCACUGCAUUCGGAUGAUGUUGUUCUUUCUGAUGAUUCGCGAGUCGGAGGUCACUCGCGAGGCUACCCUCGCCGUGGAAGAGAUGUGUGAACUGCGCGGUGUAACGCCACGAGACAUGCUCAACUGGUAUCGUCAUGAUAUCAUCAAACUGAUCGUUGCUAUCAGCGCCACCAACUUCUAUUGCUACGAGAUUCCACUGUACAAAUCGCUCGUUCACGUGAGCAAAACUUUUCUAUUCAGCGGUUCAGUCGAGUUCGUCACGAAGCAUUACAAGAUCAUUCUAGCGUUAUUGUUGCCAUGGUGUGUCAAGCGUCCAAAAUGCGAGAGUUUGGUACAAGAGCUGUCCGAUAUAAUUCGAAAAGAUAAAAUUUUUGUUCUGUCGGCAUCGUUUCUAACCAUCUACCCGUAUCUGUUCAUUAACGAACCGGCGAACAUCACCAAUGAAUGCAUUGAUUACAUAAUGACAAACACAGGAAACACGUUGGUCCAUCUACUACAUUCCGAUAUAAAGAAAACUGUAUCCGAAAUUUUGAUUUUCUACCAUAUUAACGCAAAAUGUGUGCUCCACGCGUUCCGAAGUCUCCUGGCUAAGGAGGACGCCCAGGAUAUUACGACCGCACAGAUGGCCGAGUACAUCUCCGGAAGGUUUCUGGGAGUGCUUACAUUUUUCGAAGCAUCGUUAAUAAAUCCCGAGAACGAGAAGGCCUUGAAGCGUGAAGCGCUCCUCAGUUUCGGGGAGAUCAUUCGCUUGCUCGGUGGCCAUCACAUAACCCCCUUUCGGUUCAAGAUCAUUGCAUUACUCAAAACAACAUUGGCUCUAGAAGAGCCGAACCUGCAGGAUAAAUGCAUUAAGGUUUGGCGUAUUUUCAUUUGCACGGUAGACGUCCAACAGCUGGGGCCACUUCUCAGCACUAUAUUCGUUUCGUUAGAGCAGUUUAUCGACCGAUUCCCGGAAGAUAUCAACUAUAUUUUUCACUACCUUGUGGUUCAGAACAAUAGUCUUCUUAGUCAACACAUACCGGACUUGUUUUUCUUGGAUGACACAAAAGUUGACAUGAAAAUUAAGAAGGUGGUUUCGGUACAAACUGGCAAAAUCGACCGAGAGCGGGAUCAAUUCCCGCUAAAAUUCAAAGAGCUCGUGAAACAAGUUAACCAUGAAAAUCUUUCGGUGAGAAUGUAUGGAUUGAAAUAUCUCAAGCAACUGUUUGCGGAAAAUCGUAGCAAAUUGAAUGAUGCUUUAAUUGGACAGCUCACCUUCAACCCACUCGUGCAAAACUUAUUGGACAAUUUGAUAAGAAGUUGCAGUGAUGCUGAUGUCAAUUAUCGUUUGAUAGCUUCAGAAUGUAUCGGGGAGCUUGGAGCACUGGCGCCUAGUUUCUUACCGCCGAAUUAUGCACCCCAGGAUAGUUUCGCACUAAGCAUCCAUUCGGAUGCAUUUGCUUCGAUGGCUUUGGCAGAACUAUGUAGGGCAUACCAGUUUCAGAAAGACACCAAGUUCGUAGAUAGUUUUUCUCUAGCAAUCCAGGAAAUUUUACUUGAACGAGGCGUGUCACCGACCGCAGGUAAGAAGCUAGAAGUUUGGGAAGCUAUACCGGAACGAUUGCGUCCGAUCAUGGAGCCGCUGCUUACGUCCUGCUAUACAGGUCUAACCCGAACAGCAACAACCGAGUGUCAUCCUAUUUUCGGGAACUCAAAGGCUCAGACCUGUCAGGAGUGGGCUUACCUCUGGGCAUCGCAAAUGAUAGAGAAACUCGAAACUGAGCUGUCACAAAAUUUGCUAAAGUCUUUCAAACCAAGCAUACGGUGCGACAUCAGUACUAUGACCAUGUUUUUGCCAUACAUCCUGCUACAUGCGUUACAAGGAAGCAACGAAAGUAACCGAACGAUGAUAGCUGAGGAGAUGCAGUUUGUAUUUAACGCUAUAAUGAACAAUAAUCCAGAAGUGGACAGCCCCGAUCAGCAGGAGCAAUAUGUACGAGGCCUCCGCACGAUGCAUUUUGUGCCGAAAGAGCGUAAACUACAUAACCCGGACACAGAAACCACGGAUAUGUCCUUUGAAUGUGCGAAAAUCGCAUUCAGUUUGCUAGAUUUCCUGGAAAGAUGGAAACGACAGUGGCGAAAAGUGUAUCAAAUUGACUCCAGCAAGACUGAUUACCACAAUGUUUGUGAGUUUCUCAAAGAAUUUGACCACGAAAUGUUGGCUAAUAUUAAUUUCAAAUGCAACGAAUAUGCUCGCGCCCUAAUGUGUAUAGAAACCUUCAUCGAAGAGAACCCUUCGCGAUUCCAGCAGCACCUUUCGUUUUUAGCCCGAAUAUUCACCCGCCUCAAUGAUCCGGAUUCGGUGGAAGGGGUCAUGUGUCUCAAGACAACCGAGCCCACACUAGCCGAGCAGAUUCUCCUGUAUAACGCUACCGGUCGCCUCCACCAAACAGCCGCUUGCUACGAACGAAUGCUGCAGGUUGGAAAUGUCAGCCCUUGUGACAUCCACAAUAUGGUGGAAUGUUAUCUCAGCUUGGAUCAACCGGAAACGGCUUUGCUACUUUCGGAGAGUUUACUGAACAAAUAUUACGAAUAUAAUGAGCAGUCGUUGCUGCAGGAAAUCAAAGCGGAGCCGUUGUACCGGUUGGGACGUUUUGACGAGCUGGAGGAAUUGUUAGAGUCUCCGAUGGUCCAUGAAAGGGAUAGUUGGGGUGUAAUCUGUGGGACGCUGAUGGCAAGCUAUAGGAAGAAUGAGCACGAGCUGUUUGUGCAGAAGCUCGUACAAGCCAGGCUGGCCGUUUUGAAGAUACUUCGCAAUUCGGACUUGAAGAUCAGCGCCUAUGAAAAGGGCUACGAACAGGUUCUUAAACUACACAUGAUCACCGAGUUCGAGAAAUGUGAAAAAAUCCUCGAUGAUGUACGGUCCGUUGAUGGAUUACACAGAUGCCACCACAAUAUCGAAAAUCUGUUGGCAGACUUCGAAGCUCGACUGAAGCUGCUGCAACCCAACGCUGCAACCCUUGAGCCAAUCAUUAGCCUGCGGCGGAUUCUAUUGAACGAGACAAAAGUGUUAAUCAAUAGCCUGGCCACAAGUGCAGGUGCGGAUAAUUUGGUGACAGAAAUCAACGAAACCAUAGACAGCCAUAUUGGCGAACUUUGGAUAAAGAGCACAGAGCUCGCGUCGAAGGCGAAAUUAUUCGAGCAAGCUCAUUUGUACAUUCUACACGCUGAAUCCUAUAAACCGAAGGAACUUUUCAUCAGGAAAGCCCAACUGCUCUGGGAAAAACGUGACAUGUCCAAUGUUUUUAAGGUGCUGGAAAGAGGUCUGGCAGAGAUCCUGGAAAAAGCGCACGUUCAUGAGGUGAAACAAUUACCCAAGCAAGAAAAACAGAUCUACGCCCAAGGGAAAUUGCUCAUCGCAAUUUAUAACGCGGAGGCCUCCAAUGUCUCGACGAGCGUUAACCAAAAGUGUUUCAAGGAAGCAGUGUUGGCCAAUCCAGAGUCAGAGAAAAGCUUGGUUCAUCUGGCGCAGUAUUUGGACAAGUUGUUUGCAAAUCUAACCAACGAGGACCAAGAGUCUCUCAAGGGUUGGGAAUUGCUGCAGGAUGUGAUGACCUAUUACGGCAAAUCUAUGAUGUAUGGUUCAACCUAUAUUUACCAGUCUAUGCCACGAGUUCUCAGCAUAUGGCUAGAUUUCACUACGAAAGGAAUGAAUAAUGAUUCCUACAGGAAGGUAUGCUCAAAUAUGAAUAAGCUCGCGUUGAAAUUUAGCGAAAGUUUGUCGCCAUACUUCUUCUUCACCGCUUUCUCCCAGCUAAUCAGCAGAGUGGCACAUCCGUCCGUUGAGGUAUAUCAAGUGCUCAAAGCAAUCAUAAUCAAAUUGAUUCUGAACUACCCACAGCAAUCGCUUUGGAUGUUGCUUAGCGUAUACAAAUCCUCUUAUGCGAAUCGAGUAAAACGAUGUCACGAAAUUUUCAACGACAAAAAACUAGCGAAAACGUCGGUGCAAAAAAUGAUUUCCGAUUUCAACGCCCUGGCAGAGAAGUUCAUUGAACUUACCAACAAAGACUUGGGACAUCUGAGGCCAACGAAAGACACAAAGGUAACGGUAUCAUCGAUCGUUAAAUCACUUCCGAAGCUGUUUGGUGCAGGCGUAUUGUCGGAUAUAAUGAUGCCGAUACAGAAGUGCAUGCAAUUGGUUCUUGACACAAGCUCAACCACGUUCUCUCCAUACCCAAUGAAUUUAGUGUACAUUCACGGGAUACGGGAAGAGGUUACUAUCCUGCAAUCGCUUCAGAAGCCAAGGAAAAUCACUCUUGUAGGGCACGAUGGACGAGAAUACGUUAUGAUGAUGAAGCCGAAGGAUGACCUACGUAAAGACUUCCGGCUGAUGGAGUUCAACGCGGUUGUAAAACAAUACCUUCAUCAAGAUCCGGAUGCCAAGCACCGACGAUUGAAUAUCAGAACUUAUGCCGUGCUUCCACUUAACGAAGAGUGCGGUAUUAUCGAGUGGGUGGAAAAUCUUAACACGUUCCGCAGUAUCAUCUGCACGUACUACAAACAGCGCGGUCUCGGAAUGCCAGCGAAAGAGCUACGAAAUCACAACUACAAACGGCAUGACCCUUUGCAGAAGAAACGGGAUGCGUAUCUGAAUGUACUUUUGCCCAAUCAUCCGGCUGUUUUCGGAGAAUGGUUUCGGGAUCGAUUUUCUAACCCACAUAACUGGUUCCAAGCCCGGAGUUCAUACAUUCGCACCACUGCAGUCAUCUCUAUCGCCGGAUAUAUACUCGGUUUGGGAGAUCGUCAUGGUGAAAACAUACUUUUCGACGCCACCAAUGGUGAUACGGUGCAUGUGGAUUUCAACUGUCUGUUCAACAAAGGUGAAACUUUUGAAAUACCUGAGCUCGUUCCAUUCCGCCUCACUCACAAUAUGGUGAAGGCAAUGGGUCCACUUGGGGUGGAAGGUCUUUAUCGCAAGUGCUGUGAGAUCACUUUGAGGGUUCUACAAAACCAAACGCCCACCUUGAUGUCUGUGCUCAAGCCAUUCGUGUACGAUCCGCUGGUUUCGUGGAAUAAAAUAACAAAACACGAUGGUACAACGGAAAGGACGGAUCCCGAAGCAAUGAAUAACGUUCGACAUAUUGAAGAGCGUUUGAAAGGGUAUGUUCGGAUACAGGGGAAGACGUCCCAUAUGCCGCUGUCCGUAGAAGGCCAUGUUAAUCAUCUGAUCAGUGAGGCAACCAAUCAGGAUAAUUUGGCGCAAAUGUACAUCGGAUGGGCGGGAUACAUGUGAACAAGGAAUCAGUUAUUCUUUGCAAACCGAAAAUAGAACUAUUGUUACAAUUUUUGCUGAAAAAAACUUCCCAUAGUUUUCUGUUAUAGGGAAAACAUAAA